UUCAUUCUCGUUGCGAGUUCACAGUGACAACAAGUCAGGCCCAACCCAAUCCAGCCCAAAAAUGAACAAAUUCUUCGUCCUUGCCGUCGCCACUUUGGCCAUUGCCUGCGUUCAAGCCGAUUCCUUUGAUGCGGCUGCGGAGACCCGCGAGUACAAGAGCGAUCUGAAGGAGGACGGCAGCUAUGGCUACCAGUACCAGACCUCCAACGGAAUUGCUGGACAGGAAUCGGGAGUGGGUGGAUACUAUGCCAGUGGGUCGAAUGCCUACUACGCCCCCGAUGGCCAGCUCAUCCAGCUGACCUACACCGCCGAUGCCAACGGAUUCCAUCCCGCCGGCGCCCACCUGCCCACUCCCCCUCCCAUCCCAGUGGCCAUCCUCAAGUCCCUGGAGUACAUCCGCACCCAUCCGCACCAGGAGACGCGCCAGGGCCAAGGACGAUUCUAGAUUCUAGGUUCUAGAUUCGGUUGGGCCAGCCCACAUGUUGAGCGUUGUUCGAGCUAGUCUUAAGUCAUUUCAAAAUAAACAUCGUUUGAGUCAACAAACAUUUCCAUAAACAA